AUGGUCUGGGUAUCUAACCAAGCCGGAAUCACCGUCGACGUCGCCAUCUCUGCCGACAACAACACUGGUGGUGCAACACAGUCCUUCCCAAUCGUACCAGGGUUGGAAUCAUUCGCCGACAACCACUGGAGCCGCGACGUAGAUACUUUCGAGACGGCCGUUAUUCAAGUGGGGGACGGGACGAUCACCGUGUCGGGUGUCAGCGGAAAUGAUUUCAUACUCAUUUAUACUGAUACAGUCAUCAAAUUCAAGACUGAUGAGCAAGUCUUCAUUGAAUGA